AUGUCUCCGAAAGGUUCUUUCGAAAAUCAAUAUGAAGAUUAUUCAGCAGAGGUUGCAUCUAAUAUCAUAAAUGAAUCUCGAGAUGGGAUAUCAGAUAAGUUUCAAACAAAACUGCAAAAAUUUAAAACUGAGAAAUUACAAUAUCUAAAGGCUGAAAUGGGUCGUGAUAUAUUCCAUGAUGGUACAGUUUACACUGGAUCAGCGGGCCUAGCAUUAUUUUACUUAAUGUACUCUGUAAGAAAUGAUUUCAAUCAUGAAAUGCUCCAGGCUGCAUUGGAUUACAUAGACAUCGACAAAUUGAAAGGCCGUAAAAUUAGCUUCUUGUGUGGAGAUGCUGGACCACUUGCUAUUGCUGCUGUGAUUUCAUACAAACUUGGCGCUAAACAUAUUGAGCACAAGCUACCUGACUAUAACAUUUUAGCACUUAGACUAAUGUCUCUAAUUUCUUUGAUAAAUGAAUCACCUGAUGAGCUUUUAUAUGGAAAAUCUGGAUAUCUUUAUGCACUAUUAUUUGUGAACAAACAUAUUUCUGUAAAGGAGAUAAUACCUGCGAAUCAUAUAACAAAGGUAAUUGAUAGCAUACUUAUGGCCGGAAAGUGUUAUUCUAUAGCAACAAAAUCUAAGAGCCCCUUGUUAUGGAACUGGCAUGAUAAAGUGUAUUUUGGAGCAGCUCAUGGUAUGGCGGGGAUACUGUACAUGUUGUUACAGGCCCGAUCAUAUAUUAACAUAAAAGAAAUACGGAAUUACAUUAAACCAACAUUAGACUGGUUAAUGAAUCAGCGCUUUCAAAGUGGCAACUUCCCGUCGUCCUUGGGCAGUACGUCGGGAGAUAAACUAGUACAAUGGUGUCAUGGCGCUCCAGGAUUUGUAGCUUUGUGCAUUUUAGCUCACCAAGUUUUUGAUGAAGAAAAAUAUAUGAAAAUAGCUCAGCAGUGUGGAGAUGUUAUAUGGCAAAGAGGCUUAAGCACAAAGGGAUACAGUAUAUGUCAUGGUGUGAGUGGGAAUGCAUACGCAUUCCUACAACUAUACCAGGCUACAAUGAAACCUGAAUAUCUCUACCGAGCCUGUUGCUUUAUGGAGUGGUGUGCUGUUGCACGCUUAGGCACAGAACUGCAUCACCCGGAUAGACCAGCGUCAUUGUUUGAAGGACUAAUAGGGCGGCUUUAUUUAGCUGAAGAAAUGACUCACGUUUUAGAAGCAAAGUUCCCAGCAUUUACUUUGUAG